AUGUCAUCCAAGCUAGAAAGAAGAGACGGCCCUCGGAGUGCUAUCGCACCAAUUUACAAGGCCCAAGCCUCUCCCCCAGAAUAUCCACUUGACCAACCAAGUUGCCUCGUCACGGGAAGCAAUGUGGGCACCGGGUUCGAGGCCUCACGCCAGCUGCUGCAUCUCCAGCUAUCACACCUGAUCAUGGGCGUGCGCUACCAGAGCAAAGGCGACGCGGCAGCAGACGCCCUACGCAGAGAGUUUCCCGGCUCCAAUAUCUCCGUCUGGCACCCUGAUCACGAGUCCUACGGCUCGAUCCGGACCUUCGUGAGCCGUUGUGAAACAUUCCCUCGCAUCGAUUUCGCGAUACUAAAUGCCGCCGUAGCCAAAUAUGGCUUCACGAUCGUUAAUUACCUCUCGAAUGUGCUGCUUACCAUCUUGCUUCUCCCUGUUCUCAAGGCCAAGACAAAUGCGACGAACAAACCGCCGGUGCUGAGUCUCGUAGGCUCUGACAUGGCGUAUACAUCGCGGAUUGACAAUCCUGAGGGCUUCAUGCAGAUGGCGUGGUAUGGCAAGUCGAAACUUUUGCUCACCCUCUUUAUCAUUACGCUCGUCAACCAUGUCGACCCCAACAAUGUUCUUGUCAACAUGGUGAACCCGGACAUGACCAGAGGGACGAAUAUCAAGCGGGAGUUGCCCUCACUAUACGGAGCGAUUAUGGCCAUGCUAUAUCUUGUCGUGGGCAGAUCGGUCGUGGUGGCCGCUACGACGUAUGCCGAUGCCGUGGUAGCUCACGGCCCGGAGACCCACGGCUGCUUUAUCGGUGAUUGGGUCAUUAAACCGUAUCCCGAGAUAUGCUACACAGAAGAGGGGUAG